AUGAUUGCGCAGCACGAAGAGGAGCAGUACCGGUAUUACCACUCCAUUUUGUGGGAGGGGAUCAAAACCGGCGUUUUUGGCCUCGUGUUCGGCAUUACAUUAGCAACAGGUCUACGUCGAUUCUAUUCCCCGUUCAGACAAUUACCCUUCUACGUCAAGAGCACCACUUGCAUCUGCCCCGGAAUGCUCACAAUCAGCAUUGGCGCAAACCGAGAAUCUCAUGCCUUUCAUUCAUACCUGCAUCCUGAGCUGCGGAGCUAUGAGGACGAGGCCGAGGCCGAACAGGAGGUCAAAAGAAUUUAUGCAGAAGAGUCUGCGGGACAGCGAGCAAAAGAUUGGCUAUAUGAUCAUCAAUUUCAAGUUCUUGGAGGAACAUGGGCUACCACGAUGGCGGUCGCUCUCAUGCAUAUGAAGCGGGACCAUUCAACUGGGGGCGCCAGGAAACUUGUCCAAGCUCGAGUUGCUGCAGGGGUGUCGACUCUGUUCUUUUACUAA